AUGGCUGCCAUGAAAAACACUGCUCACAAGUUCAUCCUCAACACGGGUGAUACGAUCCCCGCCAUCGGCCUCGGCACAUGGCAGUCCAAGCCCCACGAAGUGCAGGCCGCCGUUGAGGCUGCGCUCCGGGCUGGCUACCGCCACAUUGAUACCGCGACGGAUUACGGCAACGAGGCCGAGGUUGGCGCCGGCAUCAAGGCCUCGGGUGUGCCUCGCGACCAGAUCUGGCUCACCACCAAGCUUUUCGUCUACGACCACAAGCGCGUCGCCGAAGCACUCGACGACUCACUCGCAAAGCUAGGCGUCGACUAUGUCGACCUCUACCUGAUUCACUGGCCGGCGUCGGUGAUUCCCGGCCAGGAAGCCGUGUGGGAUGACUGGAAUUUUGUCGACACCUGGCGCGAGAUGCAGAAGCUGAUCGGCACUGGCAAGGCCAAGAACAUUGGCGUCUCCAACUUUGCCAUCAAGAACCUCGAAACUCUGCUCAACGACCCCAGCUGCAAGAUUGUCCCUGCCGUCAACCAGGUCGAGCUGCACCCAGGCAACCCCUCACCCAAGCUCGUCGCCUACGCCGCCUCCAAGGGCAUCCACAGCACCGGCUACUCGUGUCUGGGCUCGACUGACUCGCCGCUCUAUACAAACGCCACGCUCAAGGCCCUCGCCGACGCCAAGGGCAAGACGGUCCAGCAGGUGCUACUCGUCUGGGGCAUCCAGAAGGGUUGGAGCGUCAUUCCCAAGAGCGUCACUCCGGCCCGCAUCGAGGCCAACUUUGACCUCGACGGCUGGAGCCUCACUGAAGAAGAGAUCAAGACGGUGGAUGGCGUGUCCGAGCACUUCAAAGUCUGCACAGACAGCUGGCUCCCCAUCAAGGUCUUUUUCGGCGAUGACGAGUAA